UUCAAGAUAUGGCAUGAGAUAUACAUACAACGACCCAGUAGACAAAUAGUAUAACAAUGACACGCGACGCUAACGUAUAUACCACGUGAGAAAAAUAUUUCCCUGUCAUAGUUCUCUCCCAGGACAACACCUUUGAUCUUGUAUUUUUUUAAACACACACAUACCUUACACACAAAGCACUUUCCUGUGCUACAUUUCAGUGAACAUGACAGUACUGGUAAGUCAUUACUUUAUUAAUACCUUCAUCUUGUGUGUCCCCUAAUUGUUCCAGCAGAGUAGGUUAGUGUGCUCCUUUUCACAAUUAGAAUAAUUACGGUAAUUGCAUGGUUCGACAAAGGACACAACAUCAAAGCAGUAAUACAAACCGUUACGACAGUAAUCAGACAAUACACAACAGCAAACACACAUUAAACACCCUCACACAUAUUCAAUCAGAUGAUACAACUAUAUUACUUUGUUAUUCAAUACAUUGACUUCAUUAAUAUCAGUUUGCUGAAUGACCCUUAUGUAUACUAUGGUUCCAGUGUGGUUAAGCUUCUCAGAUAUUAUUGCGAGAAAUGAUUAGAUGACUUGGAAUAAACAGUUUAACGCAUCAAUGAGUUUGAAAUGGACCUGAAGUCAAUACAUUUCUUACAAUUCUUUAAGUGCAAUGCAGCACAGAGCGCAGCUGCAGUUGGUAAACCCAACUUGACUAGCAUGUGUUAUUUUAAAGACCACCUCUAUUCAGCACUACACCAUACCCACCAUGCUGAUUAUCAGCCCUGGCAAUAUAGCCUACAACGGAAAUGUAACAGUCAUGUUCCUCCCUUAAAACAAACAAGUAAGCACAUAUAAAUGUUAAUAAUGACAUAUUGGUAUAAAGGGUGGUCAGUAUGUGUUUACAUGUUGGGUACCCUUACUACAAAGAGAUGAAUGGGUUCACUCUUGGGGGUUGGCUGUACUGUCAUUGAUCCCACAUGUAUCCUAAAAUGUAGUGGCUAUGAUAAUGACUCAAAUUGCUAAAUGGAGCCGUGAAUAUCGGGGUUUUGGACACCGCAAACAAUCAGUGAAAAUAAUCUGUCUAUCGUUGAGUCCUACCUGUUGUCUUAUAAGAUGCCUUUGUUCAUCUGCGGUGCACUAAAAAAGCCUGUGGAAAUAGAACAGAGACAUGUUUUGUGUCAUCAUUUACAUCUACGUAGGUAUUCACAAGUGGACAUUUCGAAAGGGGGGGAAAAAGCAAAAAGUCUUGACUUAGCAGUUUUGCUGGCGUCACGUGACUGGUCGUCGGCUGUAUAGUCUGUUGAACUUGUUUCACAGCCUUUGUUGAGAGAUUAACAGAGAACACACAAUGUGGAGCUAGGCCCUGCCUGCCAGGGAUAGUCUCGGUGACAGUCCUGGUAGAGAACCCGGUUGGGACCUGCUGCUUCCAAACCAACAGCAGCUCAUUAGACCACCAGCGUCAUGCCGCUCCUCCGUCAGGCCGUCUGAUCUGAAGUCCUUGGGAUUUGCUCAACAGCUGCAACUUUAAGAGAGCGAGAGAGAGAGCACCUUUUCCUAAAUUCGUUCAGCCCCCUCCAAUGAAACCACACCUCGUUCCCAGGAGCACCAUCCGCCAACACAGUUCCCCUGGGCAGGAAAAUGGUCAGGAAGUCCCUGGUGGCUGGCCUGGUGGUUUUGCUGGUGGCUGCAGUAGGAGUGUUCGUGGGGGUGUUCAUGGGGGUGGGAAACAAGAACCCCAUCUCACCCUCAGACCAUUUCUACUCAAAAGCUGCCGUGGCUACAGAUGCUGGGAUAUGCUCUGAGGUGGGGAGGGACAUCCUGAAGAGGAACGGCUCAGCGGUGGAUGCAUCUAUCGCCGCCCUGCUGUGUGUUGGCCUCCUGAACGCUCACAGCAUGGGCAUUGGAGGGGGUCUCUUCUUCAACAUCUACAACGCUUCCACAGGGAAGGUAGAAACCAUUGACGCGAGGGAGACAGCCCCCAUGAACGCGACAGAAGACAUGUUUGGCAAUAACACCCAGCUUUCUCGGAAAGGUGGAUUGUCUAUAGCCAUUCCAGGGGAGAUCCGUGGUUACGAGAUGGCACACAGGAGACACGGCAGGCUGCCAUGGAAGGAGCUGUUUGAGCCAAGCAUUAAGUUGGCACGCGUAGGUUUCCCUAUCGGCAAAGCCCUGGCCAAGGCCAUCGCCAGCAACAAGGACGCUAUUCAAGGAGAUGCCAAUAUGUGCGAAGUGUUCUGUGACUCCCAGAAAAACAUCCUGAAGGAAAAUGAUAUCAUUAAAUUUCCCAAACUAGCAGACACCUACAAGAGGAUAGCGGAGGAAGGACCUGGUGUUUUUUACAAUGGGACAAUGGCACAGACAAUUGUUGAUGACAUCCAGGCAGCAGGUGGGAUUAUCACCCUGGAGGACCUGUUGGACUACUGGCCUGUGUUGAAUGAGAACCCACUGAAGCUGACCGUGGGCGAGUACACCAUGCACGUCCCAGACGCCCCCUCCAGCGGCCCAGUCCUGGCACUCAUACUCAACAUAGUGGACGGGUAUAACUUCACUGGCACAAGUGUUUCAACGGUCGAGAAAAAGACUCUGACAUAUCACCGCAUCGUGGAAGCUUUCCGGUUUGCUUAUGCCAAGAGGAGCAAACUAGGGGAUCCACGCUAUCUCAAUAUCACUGAUCUCAUCUACAACAUGACCUCAGACUACUUUGCUGACGGGAUCAGGAGCAAGAUCACAGAUGACACCACUCAACCAGAUAGCUACUACGAGCAAGAUUAUUUUGUCCCAGACAAUCAUGGGACAGCACACCUGUCCGUCAUAGCUGAGGAUGGAAGUGCUGUGGCUGCCACCAGCACAAUCAAUCUAUAUUUUGGCUCAAAAGUCAUGUCCCGAUCCACUGGCAUCAUUUUCAAUGAUGAGAUGGAUGACUUUAGCUCUCCAUACAUCACCAACGGCUUUGGAAUCCCUCCAUCUCCUAACAACUUCAUCCAGCCUGGUAAAAGGCCUCUCUCUUCUAUGUGCCCAACUAUUAUCUCUGACAAAGACAAUAGAGUGAAAAUGGUGGUGGGAGCCUCUGGUGGAACAAAGAUCACCACAGCAACUGCCCUAGUGAUUCUGAAUACCUUGUUCUUUGACUACGACCUCAAAAAAGCUGUGACACUACCUCGAAUUCACAAUCAACUCAACCCAAAUAUGACUGUAGUGGAGGACGGCUUUGAAAAGAGUGUAUUAGAUGGCCUGGUAAAGAAGAACCAUGUGACAGAGCUGCUGAUGACUCCUGAUUCAGUGGUUCAGGCGGUGGUGAGACAAGGGGAGCGGCUCUGUGCCGAGUCCGACCCCAGGAAAGGGGGCUAUCCAGCGGGCUACUGAGUCUUACCUCACCUCUUCCUUCCCAAACCUGGAGUGUACCUCCAUAAAAAGGCAGGGAUAGAGCUAAGUAUCUGGAAAGACACGAAAACAAUGCCUCCUCAAGGUGACACAGCCACUCGCUUUCUUCAGCUGAAAUUCAUUUCAAGACGUGGAAAAUGACUUUACUCCACAUCAAUACCUCCUCCCUUCACACCAAAUAAUCGGCGGCAUUUCUGCUUUUAUUUCAGCAUUACUCAUUAUUUAUUUUUGUGUUUUGAAAAAGAAGUGAGGUUGCAACUCUGAAAGUAGCAUUUUUUAAAUCCUAGCUGUAUCAAGAGAUCAUCAUUAUCAAUUAUCCUGAAGAUGGAAGUUUAUUAAUGCAAUGCAGUGGGGUAGCAGAAAGCUGGACUGCAACUUUCGUUUCCUGCUGGAUGUAAAUACCAAUGGGCCAGAACUUUAUGGACGCCAUGAAUCUUCUGAUAUACAUUAUGAAAUAGUUUGCCUAGGAAGUAUUAGCCAACAUAUUAGUCAAAUUACUCUGUGAUGAUGAGCGAUCAUUCUGUUUGACAGAAAAAUAGCCAUUUAUCUGAGAUUUAAGGAAAGCAAUGUUUUAGGGGAGAUUAUGAACACCAAUAUGGAAGGUUGUCAAAGUAGUUUGUCUGUCCAUUGAACAAAUCAAAUGUAGAGACAUGACUGUUUUAUCUCUCCAUCAAGGAAAAAUGGUCUGUACGUUUUAACCUCAGGCCUUAACCUCAGGUCUUAACUGGUCAGGUUGCUAUAUCUGUUGGUGCUUUAUGGGUUGGCUAAAUCACAAACAUAUCUGGCAACCAGGCUACAGGUCUACCUGCCUUAUGAAGAUGUUGGUCACAGGUAGCUACAUUUCUCCUUUCAUGAGGAAGCAUAUUCUGAUCUGUUAACUGAAAACUGUGAUUUCUGUUUUUCUGAUUUCAUCUCAACUCUGACCGUUGCCCAUGGGGGCCUAUUGUUAACAAGGGCUCAAAUAUGGCUGCCAUUUAACUAUUCAAAUGGUACUUUUACAUUUUUUGUGAUGCAGAAUGUUGAGAAAAACACAAAUUGUUCAUGUUUAAUAUGGAGUAAGACCAUAGCAGUACAGUGAAUGUAUAGUGUAUUUUACAUUUGCAGAUAUAUAUUUUUAAACAUGCAUUGUUCUCAUGCCAUGCUUGUUAUUAAAAUGUUUAAAAUAAGAUAUAUUUUACAUUAGUCAGCCUGUUCCCCAUAUUUUUAGAGGCAUCUUUCUCUGCAUCGAUACCUGUAACCAAAGAACGGAUGAAAAAUGUACAAAAUAGAUUAAUAACAGCUACAUGAUGUCUAAACAACUGACUGAAGUACAAUUUUACACCUACAACCUAAAAAUUGGGCUCGACUUCCUUCAAUAGCCUGAAGAACAAAAUACAAAGCAGCUUCCUUCUGACAAAUCUUAGCAAGAUGUGGCAUUUGGUGCCAGCUGGGGCUUUUACAAAAGCCUCCAAAUGGAUUAUUGGCUUUUUUGUUUUACCAGGCAAGUCAGUUAAGAACAAAUUCUUAUUUUCAAUGAAGGCCU